GACAGCAACCCCGCUACACCCGGAGCACAAUCUUUAAAGGACAUCACAGAGGAGGAGUCCAAUGAUGGCAGCCAACCCCCUAAGAGGCGGCGAAUGGGUUCAGGGGACAGUUCCCGAAGCUGUGACACCUCCAGUCAAGACCUUGGGCCAACAUAUUUCCCAGCGGAAAACCUAACAGAGUAUAAAUGGCCAGCAGAUGAUACGGGAGAGUAUUACAUGCUGCAAGAGCAGGUCAGCGAGUACCUGGGAGUCACGUCUUUCAAGAGAAAGUACCCUGAUAUGGAAAGGAGGGAUCUAUCACACAAAGAGAAGCUCUAUUUGCGUGAACAGAACGUGAUCACCGAGACGCAGUGCACUCUGGGUCUAACAGCGCUGCGGAGUGAUGAGGUCAUAGACCUGAUGAUAAAAGAGUAUCCCGCCAAACAUUCGGAAUACUCGGUAAUACUUCAGGAGCGAGAACGACAGAGGAUAGCGAAGGAAUACUCCCAAAUGCAGCAGCAGAACCCUCAGAAGGUGGAGGCCAGCAAGGUUCCAGAGUAUAUUAAGAAGGCAGCCAAAAAAGCGGCUGAGUUCAACAGUAACUUUAACAGGGAACGAAUGGAAGAGAGACGAGCCUAUUUUGAUCUCCAGACACAUGUUAUUCAAGUGCCCCAGGGCAGAUUCAAGGUGCUCGCCCCAGAACUGACCAGGACAGGUCCCUACCCAGUUGCACUCAUACCAGGGCAGUUUCAGGACUACUACAAAAGGUACUCUCCCAAUGAGCUGCGUUACCUCCCUUUAAAUACUGCUCUGUUCGAGCCGCCGUUGGAUCCAGACCUGCCUGCUCUUGACUCUGAACCUGACUCGGAUGAUGCGGACGACGACAAAAAGAAUAAGAACUCUUCUGUAAGGGACAGUUCAUCAGGCAACACAUCAGACGGCGAAAAUCAGGAGGGAGGAGGCCCCAAAUCCAAGCUCAAAGACAGGAUGUCGACGGCGGGCAAAGACGGCAGCCACCGCCACUCACACAAAGCCACUCCCGGGCACAAGCCUAAGGUCAUUCCCAAUGCUAUAUGUGGCAUUUGCCAGAAGGGUAAAGAGGCCAACAGGAGAGGCAAACCUGAGGCCCUCAUUCACUGCUCCCAGUGUGAUAACAGCGGACACCCGUCAUGCUUGGAUAUGAGCGAAGAGCUGGUGCGCAUGAUCCAGACAUAUCGCUGGCAGUGCAUGGAAUGUAAGACGUGCACCGUGUGCCAGCAGCCCCACCACGAGGACGAGAUGAUGUUCUGCGACAAGUGUGACCGAGGCUUCCACACCUUCUGCGUGGGCAUGGGAUCCAUCCCGACAGGUCUUUGGCUAUGUGAGGUGUGUGACAAAGAUUUCACCGAACCCAAGAAGAAAGGAGCAACAAAAACGCCAAAAAAGCCCAAGUCAGCACAAAAGUGA